CUCUCCCAAAUCGAGGAGCUACGCGCGCAGUCCCCGGGAGAGACCCGCACAACUAUUUUUUUUUUUUAAUUUUUUGAGUGGUGGUGGUGGUGAUCUGUAGCUGUGGCAGCGGCGGCGGGGUGGGGGAGACUGAAUGAACCCGCUCGUUUCCACUUUUCUCUUCAUGUCGACUUCUCUGAAAACAUUCACACGGAUGCCAUGGUUACUCCUGCCACGAUCUUACAGGUGAACAAGGUGAUGUCCAUCUUGUUUUAUGUGAUAUUUCUCGCUUAUCUCCGUGGCAUCCAAGCUAACAACAUGGAGCAGAGGAGUGUGCCAGAAGAUUCGCUAAACUCCCUCAUCAUCAAGUUGAUCCAGGCAGACAUUUUGAAAAACAAGCUCUCCAAGCAGAUGGUAGAUGUUAAGGAAAACUUCCAGAGCACCCUGUCGAAAACCCCCCAGGGCCCAGAGGAGGGAGAACCCUUGAAAUCAGACUUCCAGCCAAUGGUUGCAAUGGAUACAGAAUUGUUGCGCCAACAGAGACGCUACAACUCUCCCCGGGUCCUGUUGAGUGAUAGUACCCCUUUGGAACCCCCACCCUUGUACCUUAUGGAGGAUUUUGUGGGUAACCAAGUGGUGGUGAACAGAACUUCCCGACGAAAAAGGUACGCUGAGCACAAGAGUCAUCGUGGGGAGUAUUCUGUGUGUGACAGUGAGAGUUUGUGGGUGACAGACAAGUCAUCUGCCAUCGACAUUCGGGGACACCAGGUAACUGUGCUGGGAGAGAUCAAAACCGGCAACUCUCCUGUCAAACAGUAUUUUUAUGAAACCAGAUGUAAAGAAGCCAGACCUGUCAAAAACGGCUGCAGGGGGAUUGAUGACAAACACUGGAACUCUCAGUGCAAAACUUCGCAGACCUAUGUCCGAGCACUGACUUCAGAGAACAACAAACUUGUGGGCUGGAGAUGGAUAAGGAUAGACACAUCCUGUGUUUGUGCCUUGUCAAGGAAAAUCGGAAGAACAUAAGUUGGCAUCUUUCCCCAUAUAUAAAUUAUUACAUUAAAUUAUAUGAUAUGCAUGUAGCAUAUAAAUGUUUAUAUUGUUUUUAUAUAUUAUAAUUUGACCUUUAUUUAUUAAACUUCAGCGACUCUACAGUAUAUACUCUUUUCUCCCCAAUAAAAUCAGUGUGCUUGUCUCCCUUCAGGCCUCUACCAUCUGUUAGACUGUGUUUUGUGCUCUUGCUCUCAGUAGCCUCUCUGUAAAAUCUGUGUACACCAGUAUUUUGCAUUCAGUAUUGUCAAUGCCAUGACUGUCAUUUUAGUAAACAUGUUAAAAUCCAAUGAUUCCA